AUGGCGAAUAAUUCGUAUGACCAUGAUAUCGUUUGAAAUGCUAUGGAAUAUUAUAAAAAAACAAUGGGCUGUUGCCAUCCAACCUGUUUCAAAAACCAGACCGAAGAAAUCCAAGGUUUCAGUGUAGAGACUCAAGCUGAAGGAGAAGAUGAUUUAAAUGACUUCAACGACAUCAGUAUUUUCACCUCAAAAUCUGAACAGCCUGACUGCAAUAAAUCCGCAUUGGCUUCUCCGACCGAUUUUUCACUACCAAAAACUCACAAGAUUUUCAAAUCUUUUCGGUACCGUACUGAUUACGAAAAAGCGUUCCUGUCUUUCCACCCUAAUAAUAACUUGCUAAAAUAG